AUGAUCAAGGCAUCGCAAAACCAUGCGGAAAACGAUACUGAUUUUCUUGAAUGGAUAGAAAUCUCUCAAUUAAUCAACUUUGAAGAAAUUGAUAGUGGUGCUUUUGGUACUGUGUAUAAAGCUAAAUGGCUUGAUGGCUUGCCCAAGGAUGCAACUGACGAUGGUAGAAUUUGGAAUAGAACUCUUAAAGAAAGGAUCUAA